AUGCAGUCGUACAUGAUUAUUUUUAAGGAUGAGGCGUCUGACCCGGACAUUGAAGCUGCGAUGUCCGAUGUAAAAGAGGCAGGCGGACAAGUGCACCGGAAGUUCGAUGCGUCAUUUCUACGUGGUUUUUCUGCAAGUCUGCCAGAGUCGUACGCGGACAAGCUUCAGAAAGCGGCACAGGGCGGUCAGCAUCCGAAAAUGUAUGUAUGA